AUGACUGAUAGACACUGUCAUAACACAGAGGAGCAGGACCCUGCAGAGUCAGAGCAAGUGUAUCUGAUCAAGGUCAUUACAGCAUUUGCUUCCUACAAGAGAUUUUCUUUAAACAACAACCAUAGAAGAAGACGCGACUAUCUUUCACUUCCUGAACACCAUAAAAAGCUCAUUCCUGACUUUCUUGAUAAAGUCAAUAAAGUGGACGAAUGUAUUGAACACAACAUGACGUUUAUUCGUGACAUUGUCAAAAGUGCAAACAUGUUUCUAGACCCCAGUAUUAUGGAACAUUCACAACAAAAAUUGUAUUCAAGCAUGAGAAAUUCAAAUAGACCACCUGUCUCUCCCAUGGAUAUGGAUAAAGUAAGAAGUACCUUGAAACAAUUCGUGAGAGAUUGGUCAAAACAGGGAGAAAGAGAAAGGAAGCUGACGUAUGAUCCGGUCAUUCAAGAGUUGAAUACCCUUUAUCAGCAUGUUCCUGCAGAUAAACGAGGUGAUAUCCGUGUACUCGUGCCUGGCGCUGGUUUAGGUCGUUUAGCAUUUGAUAUCGCAAGUCAAGGUAUAUAUUGUGUACACAUCAAUGCGUUUGAUAGAGACCUUUUUACCUUUUUUCCCAAUCAACAGGGUUUAGCUGUCAAGUUGUUUGGAUCUCACUUUAUUCUUAAUAGAGUCAAAGAAGUCAACGAAUACAGCAUUUAUCCAUUUAUUCACUCUUACUCCAACAUCAAAUCGGAUUUAGAUCAACUAUCUCCUAUUAAAGUGCCUGACGUAUUACCCGCACAUCUUCCAUCUACCGUCGAUUUCUCCAUGGUAGCCGGUGAUUUUGUGGAAGUUUAUGGACAACAAGAGAACAAUUUCGAAGCGUGGGAUGUCGUCGUCACUUGUUUCUUUAUAGACACUGCCAAGAAUAUCCUGGAAUACUUGGAAGUCAUUCACAAGAUUUUGAAGCCACAGGGCACAUGGAUUAAUAUCGGCCCCUUGUUGUAUCAUUUUGAGGACUCAUCCGCAGGUGACACAUCUAUCGAAAUAAGUCUUGAACAAGUAAAGGAUGUAGCCAAGAAGAUGGGUUUUGAGUUCAAGAAAGAAUCCACGGUGUCUACCACUUAUACUUCCAAUCCAGAAAGUAUGCUCAAAUACGUUUAUGAGUGUGCAUUUUGGACAGCAGUUAAACUCUAA